AUGUCCGACGACAAUGUUUCCAUCUACGACGAGAUCGAGAUCGAGGACAUGACUUACGACGAGGACAUGCAGAUCUACCACUACCCCUGCCCCUGCGGUGACAAGUUCCAGAUCGCGCUGGCCGACCUGCGUGACGACGAGGAUAUUGCCGUAUGUCCCAGCUGUAGCCUCAUGAUCCGCGUCAUCUUUGACAAGGACGAUCUCCCUAAGGACCCCGAAGACGACCCCGAGCUCGCCGACGAGGUCGCCUCCCAGGUCCCCAUCACCGCUUGA